AGUCGACAGUGUGGCGCGCCGUGACCGUGGCACGGCCUCAAGAGGAGGCUGCGUGUGCUGGGCGAGUACGGCGUUAGUCACUUGUCGAGCCUCCUUGCAGCAAAGCUCAAAGCUUAUUAGCCACCCACGAUUCAACCGCUGGCGCUGUUCUACGCAAAACUACCCGUAAUCCCAAUCAAGGGUGGCUGUGAAUAAGCUGUCCGGCUUGACGCUGAGUCACCCGGAACGCGACGCGACCGGCAGUUGUUUCGGAUUCAAGGUCAAGGUGGUUGUAGUGUGAUUUAUGGUUGUAGUGGUGCUUGAUGUACGGUGAUGUUCCAGGUGUGUUGAAGGAUUCGACUUUUGUGACGGAUCGAGAUGGAUAUUUGGGAAAUAUAAAAGGUGUCCAGAAAUGGUGAGGCGGCGUCGUAGUCUUGUUCCACAUGCAGCCACGACGCCACAAUUCGUCACAGCGACGCAGUCAGGUUCCUCAACAUUCAGCACCUCUAGAUAACAACCCUUACCAGGGCACCACCCUCCCGUUGCACCACGCCUCUUCAUCCCAGCACCACCGGCCGCAACACACGUAUCGCAACAGCCAACGCUCCUCCCGCCACAACUAUGCCCCUCCCUCUCGUCAGCAUCACCAUUCGUCGCGCCGUCACCGUAGCAACGGCGGAGGAGGCGGAGCUAUCGAUCGCCACGGCCAACCGAUCACGACCACCGAGGGCACCGAUGGGGAGGUGUACAACUACUGUUGCGAUAGGCUGCAACCGUCCGCGGCGAGGCAAAACGGAGGCUAUGCAGUCGCUGGGGGCGGUGUUACUACCGAUGUCAGCUUCACCGAGGACACGGACGAGGAUGACAGGCUGCCGUACUUGGAGUUCGAGGAUGAGUCUAAUAAAAGAUAUUCAAGGAAUACCUUCUCAGAUAGGAGCUUCAAAAGACCAAAGCAUUCCUCGGAUACGAAAUAUACCCACUACGUAAAUAAAGAUUUGAGGAGGGUGUACCCUAACCAUGAUAGCCAAUGGGACCAAAUCUACCAAGAAAUACAAACACCAUGUGAUAAUGUACCUGCAACAAGUGCCUCGAGAAAGCUGCCGACCAGGCUGUCCGACAGACCUCAAAGUUCGAUGAGUUCAGGAGUUACCAGCGCUGUAGUAUAUGGCUGCGGAGGGAAAUGUCAAACUUUCGAGAAUGUUUGUUACUUUUUCUUGCAGUUGGUGUUCACGAUGGGCAUCCUGACAGGCGUGUCCUUGUGCAUCGCCGGCGCCGUUCUACGUCGCUCUGCAGCCAGAAAUCUUCAAGUGCUGGCGUACAUUGGAGGUCUGUUGGCGUUGGUUAGUGCCCUACUGUUGGCAGUGCAGUGCGAAGCGAGGCACGCGGCGCAUGCGCGUAGGCGCAAAAGGAUGCAGCUGGCGCAGAUGAGACAGCAGAUUAGGAUGGAGGAGAUCAGGCUUCGUACUAACCCUAUGGACGCCCGAAUAGAGUCAGCCGAAGAGGCCAGUGGUAGCGGUAGCGGUUUUAGGGAAUCGGUACGCAAACCCAACCAUUUGCCUCAAGUGCAUGGGAAUGCUAACCUCAACCGACCUCUGCCUCUGCGGCCUCCCAACAGGGAAUCCUCACCGAUGAUGGAAGAACCUGGCAUACCUUGGUGGAGACGGAAAGAUCUCGAGAUAAGACCGUGAAAACAAAAAAAGUCCACAUAUAGAUAUCUAGAAUGUCAGAAAAAAUUAUAAGUGGAUUUCACAACAGAAGGGUAAAUAUUUAUUCAUCUAGGGAUACAAAAUAAAUCCUGAAUAACCUUUUUAUUAGCCGUCAAGGAUGAAGAAAAAUAUUUUUCAUAUAUUAAAACUGCUUCGGAGGCAAAUUGUAAAGCAAGAAAAUACCUACUGUUAAUUAAUUUUAUACUCCAUAAAAUAGCCAAUAUUCAAAUUUGUUUACCAUAAAGUGUACAACAGGAAAUAUGAUAUAAUACCCAAAAUCCAAUUCCUUAAAUCACUUAUCGAGAUUUUGACAUUCAGGAAAAAUAAUUAGAAAAAUGCUCCCGUUAUCUGAGAAUUUAUAAUUUACAAUAUUUUUUUGAGUCUAAUAGUGACUUUUUACGAGCUGUAUAGCGACGUAGCUGCUGUAGAAAACUUUACAUAUUGUAACGAAAACAGCGUUUUUUCAUUUAAAGUCUAAUCGACAGGCCUAUUGUAUUCCGUAACGCUGCUUACUCAUCGUCCACUCGGUCGACCGUUUGCCCUCUGUGCGUGUAUUUAUCUUCGAAUCCACGAAUCCAGAAGCGCUCUAGGCAGAACUGGAAGCUGGCAGAUGGCGCGCGAUGUUUCUCGAAUUUAUGCCUGAGCUGUUACAAGUUACUUGUUUUAAAGGAAAGUGAUUUUUCCGACUUUGACAUAUAGUUAAAAGUUAGUAGCAACAUUUUUUGUAAAGAAAUAACCUGUUCGUUUACCCUUAAAAAUAUAAUUCCGUUGUAAAAUCCGUUUAUAUUUUUUCUACAGUAGGGUCCGUUUUUUGUCUAAUUAGCAUGAUCUUGGUGAGUCCUGGAUCAACAAAAGAGGACAUCCUUUCAUUUUUCAGUUAUAUGCUUGUUUUUACAUUUAUUUUAUUAAUCAUAAAUGUUACGAUGAUCACUAAAAAAUACUAAUAUUUACACAAAAUCGCGCUAGGAUUUUGUUAACAUAUUUUUUCACUUUAUAUACUUGAUUCAGGAGUAGUGACCAAAUAGGACUCUGCAAGUUGAUCCAAGAUCAUAUUUGACAAUCUUUUAAAAUUACUAGAAUGCACUUUUUUGUUUUGUAUUUUGCGUUUACUUUUUGAAUGAAGUUUUUAGUUUGAAAUAAAUAAUAAUUUUACGCACAAAAUGUAUGUUGUUGCUACCAAAAUAAGACUGAUUUAUUUUUUUAACAUUGUAUAACAUCACUUUUUGUGAUGAAUAUGAAAAUAGGCUUUUUAAAAUUUGAAAUAAAGAAGUAAUAGGAUCCUAUGUAAUAAGUUUUAAGGUGCUCAUUCUAGAUAGAAAAAAUCUCAAUCGCAUAUUGCUCAUAUUCCUGCGUUAAUUUUUUAACUAAGUCACCCAUGUUACUUUGUCUUAAUUUUGACACCAUUUUCACCAUAGCCUGUAUACAUUUAUCAGCUUCAUCUACAAGCUGCAACACCAUUUUCUGAACUUGAAGUUGGUUCAUGUUGGAAUUCUCUGUAACUUUCUUCAACGAUGACUAUUUUAAAAGCUACUUAAGAGUGGAAUGGUGUUUAGUCUCAUUCAUUUCCGCGUACUGCAUUGGUGUCUUCAUUUUGCAGCAAUUGUUUUUCUAAGGUAACAUUUGAAUAAGCUCAGAGCAGGAAAAAAAUGAAGAAUCCAAGUCGAUACAUUUGAGGAAGAAGGGAAAACUUGAAGAAAGUAUUGUUACCUUAGGAAAACAAACGUAACGAGCUGAAGAGAUAAGUGCAGUACGCCAAAAGACUCUCGGAAAACUAUUGAAUAUGAUAAGCAGCUUCUAGAAGCCAUUGUUGAAGAAAGAUACAGAAUUUUAAGACGUGAUAAAUCAGCUUCAAGUUGAUAAUGACGAUGUCGAAACAUGUAGGUGUAAAUAGCCUAUAGUCUAGUGUACUCAAAAUUGACCAAUGAUAUGGUUGAGUUAGAUAAAAAAAAAUGAGGGUAGAAAAAAUGCGACGUAUUUAGUGAUCGUUUUGAUCACUUCCCUACCUCAAGCUCAAUAUUUUUAUUUUCUAGUCUUGUUUUCACCGUUUUUACCAAGACCCCAAUUGAAUGUUUUGUGUCCGAUGUUUUUUGAAAAUGCAAAAAUAUGCAAACGUUUUAAAACAAAUAUAUUUAUUGUAAAAAUGUAAUGUUUAUUUUGUACAUUUUGUAUAUGUGUAUAAAUAUAGAUUUGAUGGCAUUUACA